GUCGGUGCGGCUCCCGGUGCGGCUCCCGGUGCGGCUCCCGGUGCGACUCCCGGUGCGACCGGCAGUGCGGCGGUGCCCGGGGCGAACCCCAGAGCGACCAGCGGGGAGGCUCGCGACGCUCCUGGUGCGGCUCCCAGUGCCGCCCCCGGCGGGGCAUCCUCCCGGUGCGCCCUCUGGAGCGCACGGCUGAGCCCCGGCGCUGCUCCGUGCCCGCCGCCGGCCCGGGCCCGAGCGAUCCGGGGCAGCCCCGCCUCGGGCCGGCAGCAUGCCCCGCGGGCGAGCCUGGACGCAGGCGGAGGUCAGCGGCCUCCUGUCGCUGGUGAGGGGCUCGGGUGAGGCCGCCCUGCUCAUGGCCUCCACGUCGCGACCCAACGAGGCGCUCUGGCGGGAGAUCUCCCGGGGUCUGGCGGCGGCCGGCUACGGGCGCAGCGUGGCCCAGUGCCGCUCCAAGUGGAAGGCGCUCAAGCAGGCGUUCCACUCGGAGCGGGAGACGCGCCGGAGGGCAGGACAACACUCUCCCCGGCUGCCGCCUCACUACCGAGCCAUGAAGAGCAUCUGGAAGGCGGCCGGGCGGCCCGUCUUUGGCGAACGGAGGAUGCCAGAUGUGGUGAAGCUGCCCUCCAGGAAGCGCAGGUCAGCCCUUGCCACACGCUCUCCAUCCUCACCAGAGCCACCAGAGCACGACGUUGGCGAGGACACCCCCAGCACACUGCUGUCACCAACGCUGCAGUGUGCAAAGGACGAGCCAGAGAGUCCAGCUGGUGGGGACCACGUUACUGGAGUGCCACCCACGCCCCCCACCAUGCCACAUGCCAGUUGCUGCUUCCCUCCCCUCUCCCUCCUGGGCUGUCACGCUGACCUGAAGCAAGAAGGAGCUGAGGGAAAGGCCACUUUUGUGACAGGUUUUCCUGGUGAGACGUCCCUGGGGAUGGGAAGAGGAAACCAAAUGCUGCCUCUGGCUGCCGCAGCCACAGGCUCCCAUGGGACAGCAGCCAUGAGCGAGCAACCAGCAGCAGGUGAAGAUGCAUCAGACUCAAGCCUGCAUGGGUCUGGCGUGACAGGCUUGCUCCAGAAUGUCCAGCACCUGCUGGUGCAGAUCCUGCAGACAUCACGGCAGCAGCAGGCACUACUGGAGAGCCUGGCCAGCGACACAGUCUCCCACCUCCACCUCCUCUCCCACAGCCUCGUGCAGGUGGGCGAGACCCUGCACCAGCUCCUGCUCCGACCGCAGACCCAUCCUGGCCCCAUUGGCCACUACGUCCCCCAUGUGCCCCUUUUUGAGGGUGGCCCCAGAGUGCCCUACUCCCCUGGCGCUCCCCACACUUCCCCAGAUCACAAAGAGGAGCCUCAGUUGUCCCCUGAUGCCAGGUGCAUCCCCCCAUGAGUGCCACCAUCACUGGCCCCAGGAGCAACAGCUUUGCUACAGAGCCAUGGCACAAAUCUUUAUAGCAGAGAUUCCAGAUAUUUUGCAAGUUUAUACUAGAGAGACAUUUUAAUAAAAUUAAAAAUAGCUUUUCUACCA